CUCUGACAAACAUUCUCACUAUCAUAUGCCGUACCGCGUGGCCUGCUCCUAGGUUACCCCUCGACGCAUUCGAGGUGCGCACAUUCUGGCGUUGCGCAUAGGAUUCGCCCUAUGUCGCAAAUCGCAUCCAAGAGUCUGCCUGACCUUCAAACACUUCACUUUUGCCGCCCACUAACUCUUCUCCCAGUGGCAGCACAACCCUCGCCUCUUCGAACCCUCUCUGUACCUUCCACGUCUAUCUCCCUGUACAACCACAUCACCCAACAUGGGUAAGAGUCGAGGCGACCGCUACCGGCCGAAUAAUAAUCAGCUGCCUGGGCCGGCGGGUGCAAUUCCCCAAGAGUUUCAGUCACGGAAUGAAGGCGCAUAUGAUUCCUACGUGCCAGAUCGACACGCGCAAAUUCGACAAGUGGAUUCGUGGAGAUCCUACAGAAACGACGACUCGAAUUUGCAGACUGCCACCAGUUUUCAGUCGUCUCGUCAUGGCCACGUUGGCACCGCACCGCACCAGAUGUAUCCUCCCGCCCCAGCAGGAUUCAGUGCUGGCUCAUCUGCGUCUCAACCUUCCCAAGGUCGACCCUCUCACUAUACCCCAUAUCAGCCUCUAAGAGUGUCAGAUGGCACGCAUGAGAGACAUAUCGUCCAGCAGGCUCAAAGCCUAUUUCCGAUACCUCAGCCACAGACUACAUCUCGAUACCAGUUAAGAGAGAGACGACCAGUGCAGCUUGCCCCGUACAGCACUGCAGCGACGGGUAAUCGUGGACAGGUUGGCACGAUCCCGAUUCCCCAAACUUCUCAGCGCAGUCGAUGGACUUCUGAAGUCAAGCCUCCUCCGGCCCCGAUAGCCACCGAAGAGUAUAAGAGACAAGCGGCGCUCGCGCCAGCGCUCAGAGAAUCACCACAAAAGCUUCUAGUUAUUCUCGAUCUCAACGGCACACUCCUUGUCCGACCUCGGCGCCAUCGUCCUAAGCAUAUAAUUGUCAGGCCUGGCGUCUCCCAGUUGUUGGACUACCUCUUUCAGAACCAUGUUGUCAUGGUCUACUCUUCUGCGAAGCCCGAGAACUGUGCGGCCAUGGUAAGUCAGUUCUUCCAUCCGAACCAUCGAAGUGCAAUGGCCGGUGUUUGGGCCAGAGAUAAACUGGGCUUGAGCAAGUCACAGUACGACACCAAAGUUCAGGUGUACAAAAGGCUCGAGCCGAUCUGGGAAGACAAGAAGAUCAGAAAGAAGGCGGGACCGGGCCAGAAGUGGGAUCAGAGUAACACUGUCCUCGUGGAUGACAGCCAACUCAAAGGCUUAGGGCAACCCCAUAACCUGUUGCAGAUCCCGGAGUUCCUCAACGAUGCACCCAAAAAAGGAGGGCUAGAGCUCUUGAACUGGCAGCGGGAACAAGAACAGAUCGUGUAUUCUAUUCAACAAAAGUUGGAAGAACUCAAAUGGCAGGUCGACGUAUCCAGGAUAAUCCGAGAAUGGCAGACGGGCAAGCGACAAGCACCGGGGGUGGUCGACGAGACCGUAGAUCAAAAAGCUCUUCAAGGUACACAGGACCGUGAGCUAUCCCCUACACCUAGCAUCGGAUCUCCUGCGCCGAGCGUUGGUGAGCGUGAAUCUUCAAUCUCGCAACAACUCCAAACUCCAGAGGCGUCCGUCCUAUCCGAUACUGAGAUCUUGGAGUCGCAUGAGGCAGAAGGAGGGUUUGGAGGUGUCGAAACCGCAACUGAGGCCACCUCCGCUCUAGAUGAACUAGAAAAGGAGAUCGAUCGUCAUCUGAACCUCCAUCAGAACCAGAGCCAAGGUACAGACCCGACCGUUGGUGCUGCCACCGCCACCACUAGUGCCAGCGACCCCGGCGGCGUCGACCGAGAUCAACGACGAAGUGAGUCACCCAUCGACGAGAGUGUCUGGGCUGAUAUUCUCAGAGGCCAAGGAGACGCUGGGCAUGUCGCUCAAAGCACUCAAAAAACCGCGCAAGCGGGAAAUCAAGGUAGCCGCCAAGAACACACGCAGGGCCCAUCGACGGGCGCGCCAAAAGACAAACGCCAACGCAAGAAGAAAGGCCGAAAAGAAGAAGCAGAGCCAGGGUCUCUGAGAGAUGUCCCGCCAACUCCAGAGAGUAUUGACGCCUGAGAGUGUCGACGAAUGACGAAUGUCGCGAAUGAGGAUGGAGGGUCGGAGUUACGAGUUUUGCCUGGCCGAUGCGACCGAUGUGUUUUCGCCGUGCCAUGGCUUUCAAGGAGCAUUCGAGAACAGAUGCUUCUCAUGCUUCGUCGAUCGCGAAGGCCUGGUUGGCUUAUCGCGCAAUGUCGGAUUGCCGUAUGUUCAUGGCCGAGAGCAAGGGCGCCAAUACCCGUUUGCUUGCUGCGUUGAUUAGGCAGGAAAUGUCAAGGAGAGCUAGCUGCAUGUUGUCGAGCCCAUUCUUAAUCCGUCUCAGCCAGACGAUUCUCCGCCUUACUCAGUGUGCGAGAUCAGAAACAAGGCAUGAAAUUGUGGCGAGAGAGCUACUGUACUUCACAUUACCAUGGCUAUGGCCGUGGUCUGCAGGCACCGAAUUCAUGUGCAAAGCUGGCCUUCAAAUUCCAUCAAGCUUCAAUUUCAUCAGAACUCCCAGAUACAAACAUGGCCUUUCCGCGUUUUGAUCCUUGUUCUAGCUCCUUGCUACACGAAGAUGACUGCAUCCCUUUACCGCAAUGAGAUUGAAAAAGUGCCCGCCAUCUCAGACCAAGCACCGUAAAUCAGAGGUUGGCCAACUCCAGACAAAUUCACCGGUCGGCCGCGAUGUCUGUACCAUCAUCCUUUAAUACCCCUGACGCCAU